CAUGCUUCUCAGGGUAUGAGUACAGUGGGGUGGGGGAGGGAUAGAUGCCAUGCUCCCUCCAACCAACUCCCCCAACUACCAUGCCUUGGCAUCAGAUACAGGGGUAUAAAAGCUUGGGUAAUAAUACUUCUGCUGGUAAGUUGCAGUUAUCCUUUUCUGGGGAAGAGGGAUAGGAGAUACAGAAGGAAGGAGGACAGACAGUCAUACAUACAGGAGUUUGUCAUGAAGGGCCAUACGCAAGAAACACUUGUGAAACAUCAACGGCACCUACAGAGGCAAAGGGAUGUUGUCGCAUACAGGAUGAAGAAGUUGGCAGCUAAGCAGGUUGACUUUACAAAGAAGACCAAUGCACUGAAGGAGAAGAUUAAGAAGAAGUAUGAGGACAUGAAGAGGGUUCUGGAUGAGGACCUGCGAAUCACACUGACCCAGCUGGACAUGGAGUAUCAAGCCACAGAGUGCACCAUUGAGGACAGAAUAGAGCGCUGCUACCACCUCAGUCAGGAACUUGACCAGGAGAUAGCCCAGAUCAGCACCCAAAUGGAGAAAGAGCAGUCAGACGACAAGGAUGUGGAAACGGAGAGAAGAAUAGCAGAGACGAUGAAGGCUACGGAUCCAGAAUUGCUUCAGGUGGAUGAAUUUAAGAAUAAACAGCUCUUGAGUUUAACCAUCAACCUCCUGCUUUUCAUCCGGUCCCAGGUUCCUGUCACCAAGAAACUAUUUCAGAGCUAUGCCUCUGACGUUGUCCUUGACCCUACCACUGCCCACCCGAAACUUAUAAUUUCCCCUAAGGGUGACUUGGCAGAGUACACGGACACCUGGCAAGAAGUCCCAGAGAACCCCUCACGCUUCGACACCACCCUCAACGUCAUCAGCCGGCAGGGCUUCCGAGAGGGACGUCACUACUGGGAGGUACAGGUAAGUGGGAAGACCUACUGGGAGAUAGGUCUCACCUACCCAAGCAUCCCACGCAAGGGCCGCGAGGAGGACUGCUGGCUGGGCCGUGGAGACGAGUCUUGGGCAAUGGAGUUCUUUAAUGGGGACUACACAGCAUGGCAUGACAGGGUGGCCCAUGCGCUCCCUGUGGUGGCCGGACAGCACUUCACUCGCAUCGGUAUUUACUCCAGCUUCCCCGGGGGCCUGGUGUGCUUCCUGGGGGCCGACACCAUGACCCCUCUCCACUGUUUCUAUGUCGCCACCUUCACCAAUGUCCUCCACCAGGCUGUGUGCCCCGGGCACGACAAUCAGGGUUCCAACUGGAAGCCCCUUAAGAUUUGCGAUGCCUCACGCUCUGCUCCUACCCUCUGAUGGAGGAUAAAUGCCAAUGGUGGAGGGAAUGGGGGUGGUAUAUAACUUUUGUCAUGUGUUUUUUGUGUGUGUUAUGAACCAUGCACACCAAGUCAGAUUUUUUUUCUGCACACCUGGACUAACUGUCUGGUGCUGCAAUCUUAUGUCCGCUUCCAGUCCAAACAAGUUUGUGUAUGUGUAAAAAAAAUCGUAUAAAUAUUUCCAGGAGCAUGAAACACCCACCUAAUGUUGAAACAUUUGUUUCUAAACCCUUCGGACUUUGUGUGCAGGCCCUUAGGCAAAGUUUUCAUUUAGCUAAAUUGAUUUAUUGUAAAUCCAGGAUUAGCAUGUGUAUGCAACGUCUGUACGACAAAAAUAACACACUAUUAAUUUUACAAUACAAUUCUUCAUGUUUAAUACAAUAAAGUAGUGUUGUCACGACUUCUGCCGAAGUCUCUCCUUGUUCGGGCGGUGCUCGGUGGUCGACGUCACCGGUC